UUAAACAUAUUAUAGAUACACUUAAAGACACUUUUCACAGUUGCAAUCGGAUUGACUUCCUUCCAGGAUUCAGGGCUUUUUUUAAACUUGAGACACAGUUCCUCCUCUGGGAACAUUUUUUCAGCUAUUUCUAAUGGUCAUAUCCUCAUAAUCAGGUGAAAUAGAAUGAACCUUUCUGAGGCUUUCAUACAGUUUUGAUGAGCCAAGUAAUUUUAGUGCCAUUGAGAGUUUCCACUGAUCAUCAGACGACUUAUUCCUCCCAAGCAGUACAGUUAUUUACCGCACUGCAUAUUGUUGUUGUCCUUCUAAGAGGCUGAAGAAGUCUGUUUUAAAUAUUCAUGGCAAAUGCCAACAAUGUUCUUAGAAGUCUUUUAAUAAUCACUAGUUUGUACAAAUCACUAACCUUGUCCCCUAUCAUCAUUUCACUUCUUUUGUUCAACAUUUCAAUAAGGCUUCUAUCUACAACUCCAAUCAUGGCAUGUGCACCAUUAUUGUGUAAUGUUUUCUGUUAGUUUAGGAUUACAUGGUCAUUAGUGGCUGUAAAACAGCAUUUGCACAAUGUGCGAUUGAUUUUUAAAAUUGUGAACAACUGUUCACCACCACCACUGAAAAAAAUUGUCCAAUUUUGCUCAGAGGUGACAACCAGGAUUUCUAGGUCCACAAGCCACAAUAACUGCAGAUUGCCUUCAUGCGACUCUCUAUUCUCACGAUCGGCCUUCUCAUAUAUGUGAUUCAUAUAUGUGAUUGUAGCGCUUUGUAUGUUUUAUAUUUACCUGCUCAGGGACUACAGAUGGAAAUUAGCCCAGGCUAAAUCUGGUGUGAAGCAUCUUUAAAUAAUGUUUUUCACACAUUGUCCCUGUGAAAUAAACCAAUAAACUAAACUAAACUAAACUAAACUAAACUAACAUUUUGGUCAAUGGCCUGGCACCAACGAAGCAAUAUUGCUUUGGCCGUAGAAUAACUGCCCAAAUAAUUUUUUACCAUCUCAAUACCUGAACAGCUAAGAAGUUACCCCCGGUCAUCUAUUUCAGAAAAAGAAGAAAAAAAAAGUCAGACUUUUUGUCUGAGCUCCUCGAAGAGCCUCACAAAAACAAAACAAAAAAAAAAAAACAAAACAAAACAAAAAAACAGUGGUUUUCCAGUGUCAUACAUGGUUGAGUCAAAUGUCAACUGGUUCAUUUUUAAAUGGUUGCUAUCAUCCUGUCUGACUGGGCAAGUCUUUCCACGACCAAGAUCAAGCAAGAAAAGGAUUCACAAAAUGAAGAGCACAUGAAUGAUCAUGUACGGACCCACUCUGAAUCACAAUUAAAGAUGAAACAAGCCCAAGAUUUGUUUUCCCAAGAACCUGAAAAAGAAUGAACAAGAGCAAACGUUCCUUCCUGUUGGUACCAACUGCAUCAUCCAAGAAAGUUCAUUCACAGUCUCCAAAUGUUGAUUUAGAACAGAGUCAGGUCCUUUCAAAUAACACAAACUCCUUGGCAAAUGAUAUGAGCGCACAAUCCACUGAAAGACUAGAAUUACUAUUUCCGGGUGCUUGUGAUUCAAGUGAAGAACUAAAUGAUAUUGCAUUCACCGCAGAAGGUGACUUACCAACGGAUGAAAACAGUCAGUGGGUGUCACUGCCUGAGCAAAAUGAAGAUUCUGAUUUGGCAACAACUUGUUCAGUGGCCCCAGAUUCACAGAGUGAAACAUCUAAUAGGAGUAUUGAUGUUCUCACCAAGAUGUCUCCAGAUCCAGAGUCUACACCUUCUUCACCAGAGUCUGGGUCACCUCAGCUUGACCAGCUCCUCUCAGAUCUGGAAGGAAUGAAAUUCAAUCUACAACAAGAAACUACUAACCCACCAUCAUUAGAAACAACUGGCAACUCUGAAGUUGAUCAGAGUGACAAGCUGGAAGACCUGUCAGUUGUUGAUCCAGAAAGCAGAGAUGAUCUAGAAGACCCCAUGUCACCAGAUGAAGUGCUUGAUGGAGAUGACCACACCAGUGCAGGAACCACAGAGCCAACUCAUUUCCACACAUCUGCAGAAGAUGACAGAGGAAAGGACUCAGUUGUUCUCAGCGUGACGAAAACAUCUGAAACAGCCGUACCAUCAAGCAUUGGUUUUCAUGAAGACAGUCCUGUAUCCCCCACUUCAAUCCCUACGUCUUCCCAAGCAGUUUGUGAAGAUAUGGAACCAACUCUAACAUCAAGGUUUUGUGACGAUAUGUUUCAGGAUGGUAAUAACAUUGGGAAUGCUCCUGACAUCUUUCCUUCAGCAGCUACAGAAAGCCAGAUUGACACAGUUAGGGAACAUCCGAUUGAUCAUUUUCAGGAAGAUUAUACAGCUGACAUUGUUCAAACUCAAGAAGAGCUGCAACCCCUUCCACUAUGUAAUGACUUGAAGGACACUACAGAAGAAACUUCAACAGAGAGUAACCAAAAUCUGUAUUUAAUGGAAGCAAGCUCUGUUGAGACCUAUCAGAGUGAAGACUACUCUUCUCAAUCGUUAUCCGAUAUGACUCCUGAGACUGUUACAACUGCCAGACAUUUCAGCUUUGAAGAGUUGAUGCAAUUCCCCUCCUCAAGGAACUCAACAUCUUCAGAUGAGGACAAGCCAAGGGACGGUGGACAGCUUUCAGUAGAAGCUCUGAUCCCAGCAGAUCAUGAAUAUUUUCAGUCCACAUCAGUCAUAUCCAAACCUGAGUUGACUUCAUCAACUUCUGAUGAGGAGUAUAGCAUCAAUUCAGCUGCAGAAGUCUCUUCCACCUCAGCUGUCAAUACGCACAUCCCUCCAAGAUACAGCGAGGUGGUUAACAGUAGUACAGACAGUCCAACCUUUGACUAUUCUGACCCAGAGCCUUUCUUUGACUGUAAGCAAGCUGCGUCUGAUUUCUCAGAGCCUGAAGAAGCUGAGGCAAGAGCUAAGUCAAGUGGGAUGAAGCCCUUGAGUCGUUUCAGGCAUCUUAGAGGGCCUGAGAAUAAUGAUCGUAGAGUACUGUUGUCUUCUGGAAGUGAAGAUUAUGAAGACGCUACCUUUGUCCAUGAGCCUUUUCAUCAUGUAGACAGUGAAGAAUUACUGCACUACUCAGCAUCAGAUGAAGAAUUCAUCCUAUGUGAGGCUUCACAGCCGCCCCCUGUCUGUGAAAUUGGCCCAUUUGACGAUACUGAUAAAUCUCUGGCAAUGGAGAUCAACGCAGAGCUUGGAUCAAAGUCAGAAAGUUCAGAUGAGGAAUUUUUGACCACCAGAAUUGUACGAAGGAGAGUGGUCAUUCAGGCCGAUGAAUUUCCAGACCUCCCGGCUCAGUCGGUGACAGAAGAAAAGUACACAGAUGAAAACGGACAUGUGGUUGUGAAGAAGGUUACCCGCAAAAUUAUUCGCAAGUGUGUUUCUGCGGAUGGCGUGGAGCAUGAAGAGACGUCGGAGGGAGCUGAGGAGACGAUGGAGGGAGCCGGGUAUUCCAAGGUCGUGAAGCGAACUGUAGUAAAGAGUGUGGGAGACCACACAGAGGUAACAUUUACUGAAUGUGAGGGCCUUUCGUCAACAAAUCAGGAGAUCCCUGAUGGUCGAAAGCUCAGUUGCACAGAAAAGACAACAGUAGUGGAGGGUGAAAGGACAUCUGCACACCAGGGUGACCCAGCAUUGGCCUCUGACCUCCCAUCAGCCCAAGAUGACUUCAAGCAGGCACUGAGUUAUUUAAAAGAUUUUAGUGCAUCAGAGCUCCCCCCUGUGGUGGAGACAGAAACUGUCAGAGAGGAUGGAACCAUGGUCAGGAGGGCCCACGUGCGUAAAGGCCAAACCCGGAGACGAACUGUGGUGAGGGGACCUGGACAGCACAGACAGGUCCUCACAGAGCAAGUGGACGGCCCCAGAAAUGGGUCAAAUCCCCGCGACCUCCAACAGCAUCUCCACCAGCUCUUUCACCGCUACUGCGAAGAAGAAAGGGAGGAGGACAGUGACGACGAAGACGAGGGGACGGAGUAGACGAGCGAUUGAAACUGUCCCCAGCUCCCCGGUUCUGCCCACGCUAAAGUCUCUGCUGAUCCUAUGCAUUCGCCACUUGCAAUCCCAGUGUGCACCGUGACACUUCAGAGCUACCACAGUCUUCCCAUUUAAGUCCUCAAAGAUGGCAUUUCGUUUCCAGUUUGGCGUUUUGUCGCUGGCUGUUGAUAUGUAGUCAGUGAUUUUACGUUUCAUUGUUCCAAUGUUGUUUUGCCUUUUUUUUUUGUGACCAAAGAAAGCUCUCUGUUGUUUUCCUGUUUCAUUUUUACUUUCCACAUCAGAGUUGUCUGAUAUUAUUUAUCUUGAUCCUGUGGUAGAGCAAGAAAAAAAAUACAGAAAAAAAAAACACAGAUAAAAUAUUAUUCACAUCAAUUAACACUCAAACCUCCAGAAGGUAAAUGACAUUUUACCAACAAAAUACCGGUAUUGCGCUUAUAGGUGCUUGGAAAGAAAGACAAUAUUUCACAUUGCACUGCCUCUCACAAAGUAAAGUUUCUCAGAUUUCUGGAAAACUUUCUCACUCACUAUACUAGCUGCUCUGCUUUUUUGAUUCAGGUGGUCAAGAUGUCACAAACAGAAAAACCAGACUGUAUUGACACUGGAAUUAACCGCUGCUGUUGUGUUUUGUGUAGACUAUGUGUAAUCUGUCUUUGGGAAUUAUAUAUUACCUAUAAUAUCAACAUUACUGACAUCUGUAGCCUAGGAAUUAAUAUUCACUCAUGUGAAGUAGAACAGGCAUGACUAAUCAACAUCUGUCAGUUUGACCCUCGCUUUAACCGCUUUGUCUAUGGAUUAUCCUUCUGUCUUUCUUACUCUUCUGUGUGUGUGCGUGCGUGCGUGUGUGUGUGUGUGUGAGUGCUUGCGUGUCAGAAUGAAACUGGAUU